GUAUUUCGAGGCGAGUAGAGCGUUGAAAGUGAAGUCGUAUAGUGUGUGUGCCAGUUUACUUCAAGAUUAAAUUUUAGACGCAUAACAAAAUAAACACCUGCCGCUGUUAUUUUAGUGCCAUUGUUAUCUCGAAAGUGCAUCGCUAACAAUCGAUCAUCAUGAGUAGAAAGAGAAAGAUUAUUGACGAUUUGAAAGAUAAUGUAUCUGAGAAAUGUGGGAGGUUGGAGGAAAGUGAAUGUAGUUGCUUACAUGUACCCUAUAAAUUUGAAGCCAUAACACCUCCAGUUCAACAUGGAGAAGGACCUCAUUGGGAUUCGAAAAAUAUGGUUCUUUACUACGUUGAUACUUUCCACGCCACUGCUUAUCGUUUCAAUCCUGCAGUUAAAGAAGACAAAUUCACCCAUUAUAAAUUAGAGGACAGAAACACGAUUGGUGUUAUUAUUCCGGUUAAAAACAAGGAUAACGAAUUCAUAGUUACAGCCGAUAGAUACGUCUACAACCUUCAUUGGCAUGUUACAAAAAAUAACAAAGGUACCCUCAGCGAGAUUCACUUUGUUGACGAAGAACAGCCUAAGAAUCAGUUCAAUGAUGGUAAAGUAGACAGCAAAGGGAGACUUUGGACAGGAACUUUAACCAGGGAGGAAGAUCUCUCAGUAACUUCAAAUGGUGGUUACCUCUAUAGAAUCGAUCUCGGACAAAAUGUUAUGAAACAUAUAGACAACGUUAGCAUAAGUAAUGGAUUAGCGUGGUCCAGGGACAACAAGAGGUUCUUUUUCAUUGACAGUAUGACGAGAAAGAUUGUUGUUUAUGAUUUUGACGAAGAAGAGGGUACACUAGGAGACCACAAAGUUCUUUUCGACCUUGAAAAACAUCCAAAAUUGAAAGGAAUCCCAGACGGUAUGACCAUAGACGAGAGGGAUAAUCUAUGGGUUGCUUUGUUUGGAGGUCACGGGAUCAUCAACGUUAAUGGAAAAACGGGAGACCUCAUCAAUUACAUGAAAUUACCAGCAACCUACUGCACUGCCCUUUGUUUUGGUGGUCCCCAUCAACAGAUCCUCUUCGUGACCACCUCGAAUUUGAAACUCAACAAGGAGGAAUCUCAGAAGGAACCUCAGGCUGGAUGCGUUUUUGCCGUCACAGAUAUUGGUGUUAAGGGUCGUAUAGCCAACCAUUGUGCUUUCUAGUGUAGUUGGAGUGAUAUUGAGAAUCUAUUCAUGUGUUUUACCGGACGUGUUCUUUAGCCAAAUAUAUUAAUUUAUACAC